CCGCGUGGGGCGCUGUUGGCUGAUCCCGCAGUGGCGGGCGGUGCGGAGAGUGGAAAUGGCGGAAUUGUUCUGAUCCCGUUCAGGACAGUAACCGCGCCCGUUGGAACAAGACCACGUCCAGCGCCCAGCGCCCAGCUCCCUCGUCCCUGCAGCCCCUCUCCUGCUCCUCCUCCUGCUCCAUGGCGACGGCGGGGACCGAGCUGACCGGGAAGCGCUUGCUUUGCCUGUUUGGGGAUUCGGCCUCCGGUGGGCCCGGGCCCGGGCCUGGACAACAACAGCCUCACUCUCUCCUAGAUGGCGACUGGCACGCUGGCCUCAUCAGAGUCGUCAUCCCGGGGCCCUCGCUGGCGGUUUACGUUGAAUUUGAUGAUUCUCGGUGGAAGAAGCAGGCCUGGGUGAAAGUUUAUGCUGAAGAUGUCCUUGUUUUCCUUGUGGAGCACACUCUGGUGUGGGCCCCAAGGAAAGAGCCGGUCCAUCUACAGGGAGGAAGGAUUCAUGCUAACCAGUGGCCUGCAUUGACGUACAAGGCACUAGUGGAUAAAAUAGGCUUGGGAUCCAUUGUUCCUGUUGAAUUCUUUGGUGACAGGGUGAAGAAUUUUGCCACUGAUGGUGCUAACCUUCGCUUGUUUAAGGAGGAUUCUGACAUUCAUAAUCCAAUUGUUCAGGAAAAUCUAAAGCUCCAGGAAGCAAUGAAGUCUUGGAUGAAAGAGAAGAAGAUUCAAGAAAUCAUUAGAGGUCCAUACAGUUUGCAGGGGCAUAGGGUGAAGAUCUACCAACCAGAUUCCUCAGAAGAGUGGAUUCUUGCUGUUGUUGCACAUCAUGACCCAAGUACGAGCAUCAUGGUGGUUACAACAGAGCAGGAGCAGCAGAGAAAGACUAUUGAUCUGAUGCGAAUUUACAUCACACUUGUGGAUGAAACACUCCAAUUAAUGAAAGGGGAAACUGGGAUACCAUGUAAAAGCUCUGGGACAAAUGAGAGCAAUACAUCAAUGGUUGCUCACAAGCAAGCUUCUCAAAACUCCCGGAAUAGGCGGAAGAAAGCUGAGGGCAGUCCACCGUACAGUCCAACCAAGGAACCUGAUGAGAAAGAUAAAAAUAAAGAUAGUCGUAGAAGAAAAAAUGCAGCUGAUGGAGAGAAUGAACCUGUACAAAAAAAAGUGAAAGACAAAGAAGAAAUCGAGUCUGACAGCGGUAGUGUAUGCUCAUUAGGGGCUGGAGGCAAUGGUCACAAUCAGCUAAAGAAUGACAACCCUGAUGUGGAGCAAGGGAACUUUGACUCCAAGAGAGGUGAUGAUUUGUCCUGGGGAGUUGCUGACAGUGCUUCAGAUCGAUCUCGCUUUGUACCUCAGCCACAAGCAGGUUUGCGUUAUGCCACCUAUACCAAAGAGAAUGGCAGGACCUUGGUUGUUCAGGAUGAGCCAAUUCAUGGGAAACCGUUUCUGCCAACUGCUGCUGCUGCUGCUGCUGCUGCUGGUAGUGCCGUGCCCAGGAUAAGUGGAGUGCCAUUUGCAAAUGCAGAGUCUCUGAAUCCUCAGAGCAAGAAGGGUUUACCAAUUUCUGAUUCAGGCAGAGCCUCCGAAGUUCCGACUGUAGAACCUUCAAAUUUUGUUCAAGAUUCAACAGGUGCAGAUACGGAAGCUUUUGUGGGAGCUGGAAUGUCUGAACAUGGGAUAAAGGAAAACCUUGAUGUAAAUUCAGAAACCCAACAAAAGUCACAAAAUAUAAUGUCCGAGUCCACAAAUGAAAGUCCCACGUGUGCUUCGGUGAAUCCAGGCAACUUCCCAGCACCACAGGAUCGGUUGCAGUCCACUUUCCAGGGAGUUAAAAGUCUACAGACAUCCAGUUUAGCUCCUGUAUCAGAAAAUUCUUUGGGAAAUUCUUCACCAUUGGAGUCUUCAAUAGGGCAACAGGCAGAGGUGUGCAGCACUGCUAAAGGAGGACCAUCGAAGAAAUGGCUUGAAGAUCCUAGCCAAACUCGAAAAGAAGGGGUUUCAACUGAAGAUGGUGCUGUUCAAAUAUCAGAUAAGAAUGAAAUGCUUAUGGAAGAAUCAAAAAGAAAUGGUAAUGAGGGAACAAAUGGAGCAUUUGUCCAAGAAAGCAAGGCCUUUGGAUUUGGGUUUGGAAGGAAUGCAGCAGAUUUACCUGGCAGUAAAGCUGGCAACAAAAUGGAUUUGGGCAGUUUAUCAAAUAAUUUGUUUUUCCAGUGCAUGCCUCAGAAUGUUCCACAGAGCAACUACUUCACUGCAAUUUCAGAAAGCUUAUCAAAUCACCCUCUCAGCUUCAAUUCCUUCAAAGUGGCUUCCAAUGCCACUGGUCAGAAACAUGUUACAACACAGGCAAUUGGAACUCCUGCUGUUGGGUUAAACCCUGGAGGUAAACCUGGACAAGAUUCUGAGAAAAAAAAACCACUUGGCACUUCUGAAGUCAUGCCAACUCUAACUCCAGCUUUUCCAAGGAGCUCUUCAAGCCUACAGUUUCUUCAGUCAGUCCAACCACCAGAUCUACUGAAGGAAGAAAUGCCUACCAUUCCAUCAGCUAAUUCAUUUCUUAGGUUUGCAGAUCUAAAGGGAAACGGGAAUGUUUUGCCAACUAACAGGUCACAUUCAAGUCUGUUCAGAAGUGAUGUAACACGGUCUAUGGCUUGCAAUCCAGCAUCAGUUAUUGUAAAGCCUCCAUUAUUAACUAACUGGAAGAAAACUGAUAAGAUUACAUCAGAUGUAGGUGGCAACAAAACUGAUCUCCCAAAGAUUUUUUCAUCUCCAUUUUCAUCUCCUUCUCAAAAGACGACUAGUUUAAAUACAGCGAGACCUGAUUCACCAGAAACCCAAUUUGGUGCGACCAAUAUUGAGAUGCCAACCUUAUCUACCAGUCCGACUGGGGAUCGGGUUUCAGGCUUUCCAAUCCCUAUUUCUGGUGUGGCCACUCAGGACAAUCCACAGCUGCGAGUUUUCUCAGACACAACCCAUUCUGGAAAGCCCCAGCAGGCUGCGUUUACCUUUAGUUCAUCUGAUAAUGGUAUUGAUGGCCCAUCCUGUCAGCAAUCUCAGUUUGAUCAGAGGAGAUUUUCUUUGGAUGAACGGAGCUUGGGUAUCAAGCAGGAGUCAGACUCUGCUUCUGACAGCGACUUAUCAGACCUCAGUGAUUCAGAGGUGCACAUGCGAUUGCAGUCAAAGACUGGUUUAAAAGGAUAUUUAUCUUAUGUGCAUGAAAGGAGGGAGCCAAAUGGUGAAGGGAAUAAAGAACAGAUAGGGAAGGGACGGGGCCGUGGGAGAGGGAGACCGCGAGGAAGACCUCCAAAAAUUUCUGUGGAUCAGUCUGUUUUAAAGGAUCUAUGCAAGGUGAGAAAGCUGAAGCAGUCUGGAGAAUCUUUCCUGCAAGAUGGUUCCUGUAUCAAUGUUGCUCCACACCUUCACAAGUGCAGAGAAUGUCGAUUGGUGCGUUACCGAAAGUUUAAAGAUCACGAUGAAUCAACGGUGUCCUGUCGUUUCUUCCACUUUAGAAAACUUGCCUUUACAAGGACAGGUGUCCUGCGUGUGGGAGGGUUUCUAAAUCCCAGACAAUGUGAUGGUGAAGCCCUGAGUCUCUGGAUUCCAUCCCGUAUACCUGCUGAAGGCCUUGACCUGGAAACAUCCAAGUACAUCUUGGCAAACGUCGGUGACCAAUUCUGUCAGCUGGUGAUGUCUGAGAAAGAAGCUCUGCUUCUGGUGGAACCACACCAGCAAUUGGCAUGGAAACGAGCAGUACGUGGUAUUCGAGAGAUGUGUGAUGCUUGUGAGACGACUCUCUUUAACAUCCACUGGGUCUGUCGCAAAUGUGGCUUUGGUGUAUGCCUUGAUUGCUACAGGAUGAGGAAGAGUCGACCGCCACAAGAGGAUGAUGACAGUCUUGAAGAUGAAGUUUUCUCUUGGCUGAAAUGCGCAAAGGGGCAGACACAUGACCCAGUGAAUCUGAUGCCAACGCAGAUUAUUCCCAGCACCGCUCUGUAUGAUAUUGGAGACAUGGUCCAUGCCACCAGGGGAAAAUGGGGUAUCAAAGCAAAUUGCCCAUGUAUUACCAAGCAGCUCAAGCCUUUACCCAAGCCAGCACCACCAAAUGGAGUAUCACAGCUUUCAACCAAUCUUCCCAAUCCUGCUCCAGCAAUUAUUUUGAACGAAGUGUCUGUAAGUGGCGGAAGCUCUGCGAUGUUACCUCAAUCUGAUGGGAGUUUAGCAGAGGUGAAAGCAGAGUCAGCAGACAUUAGAAACUGUGAAGCUGGAGAAGCCAGUAGUGUGAACCUGGCUGACGAUAAUUGCAAUAACAUGAGCUUUGCAAGUGACAAUGAAGCUUUUUCCACCACUUCAACAUUGAAGGAUACAACACUGAGUUCAGCAGACACGACAUCUGCACUGCACUGGUUGGCUGACCUGGCCACACAGAAGGCUAAGGAGGAGAAAAAAGAAAACAGUAAUUCUUUGAGAUCUGUGCUGAGCCAAAAUCAAGACUCUAAGCCUCCAUUAGCUCUGGAUUCAUUUAAUGCUUUGUCCAAGCCUCCCUCCAUUUUAGAACCCUUCAGCAGUCUUUUAUCUGGAGGCCCUUCGAGCACCAAGAGUGAAGGGUCAAGCCUUAGGGAUCUUCUAAAUUCUGCCCCAGGAAACUUACAACGGUGCGCUGCUGAGACCAACCUUCCAUUUCCAUCCGUCUUCACAUCUGUCGCAACAACUGAGAAAGGAAAAGGAGGGCUCCCAAAUUUCCUGGAUCACAUAAUUGCAUCGGUGGUGGAGAACAAAAUGUCCACUGACCCAUCAAAGCGAAGUGGGAAUUCUACAGAGGCCAUGAAGGAGACCAAGAAGCAAGGUGUGAUGGAAAUGAGUGUUCUAGACCCAAACACGCAGCACUGCUGGCUCUGUGAUGGUCGCCUUCUCUGCCUACAAGACCCCAGCAACCAAAAUAACUGGAAGAUCUUCAGGGAGUGCUGGAAGCAGGGUCAGCCGGUGUUAGUAUCUGGUGUACAUAAGAAGCUUAACGCAGCCCUCUGGAAACCUGAAGCUUUCAGCCAGGAGUUUGGAGACCAAGAAGUUGAUCUAGUCAACUGCAGAAACUGUGCGAUCAUCUCUGAUGUUAAAGUUCGCGACUUUUGGGAUGGUUUUGAGAUUAUUGCAAAACGUUUAAAGUCUGAGGAAGGGCAGCCGAUGGUUUUAAAACUCAAAGACUGGCCUCCCGGUGAAGAUUUUAGGGAUAUGAUGCCAACCAGGUUUGACGACUUGAUGAACAACCUUCCUCUACCUGAAUACACAAAGAGAGAUGGGAGAUUAAAUCUGGCAUCAAGGCUCCCAAAUUAUUUUGUGCGACCUGACCUCGGACCAAAGAUGUACAAUGCUUAUGGGUUAAUAACAACAGAAGAUCGAAAGGUUGGAACAACAAAUCUCCAUCUAGAUGUGUCUGAUGCAGUUAACGUGAUGGUUUAUGUUGGUAUACCAAUAGGGGAGAGCAACCAUGAAGAGGAUACAGAUAACAGUGGAGUAGCAGAGGUAAUGAAGACCAUUGAAGAGGGUGAUGUGGAUGAGGUGACAAAGAAAAGAAUCCACAAAAGCAAAGAGAAGGCAGGUGCACUUUGGCACAUCUAUGCAGCAAAAGAUGCAGAAAAGAUCAGAGAGUUGCUGAGAAAGGUGUCGGAAGAGCAAGGUCAAGAUAACCCACCUGAUCAUGACCCUAUUCAUGACCAGAGCUGGUACCUAGACCAAACUCUGCGGAAACGACUGUAUGAGGAGUAUGGUGUGCAGGGCUGGGCUAUUGUCCAGUUCUUGGGGGAUGCUGUCUUCAUCCCUGCUGGAGCACCUCACCAGGUACACAAUCUGUACAGUUGCAUCAAAGUAGCUGAAGAUUUUGUGUCUCCAGAACAUGUCAAACACUGCUUCCGACUUACUCAGGAAUUCAGACAUUUGUCAAAUACUCACACAAACCAUGAAGAUAAAUUGCAGGUGAAGAACAUUAUCUACCAUGCUGUGAAAGAUGCUGUUGGGACCCUGAAGUCUGAGGAACCCAGACUGGGCAAGUCAUAGAACAGCCUAGAAUGGAAAUCAAUCACUCGGAGGAACUGUUCUGCAACAAGCGCUCAUUAAAAAUUACGUUCAUUUAAAAAUGGAAAGGAUGUUUUGGAGGAAGUUAAGAUGUUCAAUAAACAUUCACCAGAUUAUCAGCGUGGAAUGUAGUAGCAACCGUGCUCUUCCCUGCAGCAAGCUGUAGGAACAGAAGUUGGGAGAGUGUCACAUUGUAGUUAGUUUCACACUGAGUUAGUGGUUAUAUUUAAUUCAAAAAAGUCCCUUUCCCCUUACUUUAUCCAUAGUCAUGCAAAAACUGCUGGGUUAAUGAAAAGUGAUCUUAUAGAAGUAGUAUAUAUAGCCCAUGGCUAUAACAUUCUCAUCUUUCCAGAAUGAGCUGAAAGUUUAAAGGGACAGCAAGACUAUUUGUGGGCUAGCAUUAACUCUGAUCAAUUGAUUCCUGAUUUAUUUAAGUUUCACUCCUUUACAAUAUUCCAGAGACUCAGUUAUGGAGCUGUUUCUUCAUGGUAUCUGGUCACUGAGUUACAGGCAGACCAUACUGGAAUAAAAAACUAACUCAAUCAGGUGAAGAGAUACCAGUUAACAUGUGACAAUUUAUAGCAUAGAAUGAAUGAUAUCUGCAUCACUCAUUAUCCCUCUAGGUCCCAAUCACAAAUAGCAGUGGGAGGUGAAAUUGGAUUUCUGGUUAAUUCUGUGGAUGUUAGGGUUUCAGAGGUGUAGAACUGUCAGAAAUUAUUUUUUUUUCCAUUUUCCAAGUUGGAUUUUGUGUCUCAACUUCGUAUAUUUAAAAAGAACAGAAGUUAUUUUACUAUGUAAAGGAGCAAUCUCUUUCUGAAUAAAUCUUUUUGCCCGGCC